GCCUGGGGCGUGUGCGGGAGCGAGCGCGCGCGCGUGGAGGCGGCGCGAGCGUCGGGGGUGUGGUGCGCCCGGCCUCUGCCUGCUCCCGCUUCCCGCUGCCCCGUGGCUGCCGGUGGCCUCCGAGGGGUUCCCCGGGCUCCGAGUCUGACGUCUCUGCUCGGCCUCUGCAGCCGCCUGUGAUGCUGCCGUCCCCCGUCGCCCCGUGGCCCCACGAUGCCCCACAGCCCCGCGUCGAGCGAGGAGGAAGAACAGCACAGUGCCAGCGAGUGCCCCGAGGGGGGCUCAGAGUCCGACAGCUCCCCAGACGGGCCCGGGCGAGGCCCCCGGGGGACCCAGGGCAGCGGGCCACCUGGUAGCCAGGCCUCGGCCCGAGGCCUCCAGGGCCGCUCCAUGUCCGUCCCGGACGACGCCCACUUCAGCAUGAUGGUCUUCCGGAUCGGCAUCCCAGACCUGCACCAGACGAAAUGCCUGCGCUUUAACCCCAACGCCACCAUCUGGACCGCCAAGCAGCAGAUUCUCUGCGCCCUGAGUGAGAGCCUGCAGGAUGUGCUCAACUACGGCCUGUUCCAGCCUGCCACCUCCGGCCGCGACGCCAACUUCCUGGAGGAGGAGCGGCUGCUGCGCGAGUACCCCCAGUCCUUCGAGAAGGGGGUGCCCUACCUGGAGUUCCGGUACAAGACCCGAGUUUACAAACAGACCAACCUGGAUGAGAAGCAGCUGGCCAAGCUGCACACCAAGACGGGCUUAAAGAAGUUCCUGGAGUACGUGCAGCUCGGGACGUCUGACAAGGUGGCGCGGCUCCUGGACAAAGGCCUUGACCCCAACUAUCACGACUCGGAUUCGGGAGAGACCCCCUUGACGCUGGCUGCCCAGACCGAAGGCUCCGUGGAGGUGAUUCGAACCCUGUGCCUGGGUGGGGCGCACAUCGACUUCCGGGCUCGGGACGGCAUGACGGCCCUGCACAAGGCCGCGUGUGCCCGCCACUGCCUGGCUCUCACGGCACUCCUGGACCUGGGGGGCUCCCCCAACUACAAGGACCGCCGCGGGCUGACCCCCCUAUUCCACACGGCCAUGGUGGGGGGCGACCCCCGGUGCUGCGAGCUGCUGCUGUACAACAGGGCCCAGCUGGGCGUGGCUGAUGAGAACGGCUGGCAGGAGACACACCAGGCCUGCCAGCGGGGUCACUCCCAGCACCUGGAGCACCUGCUCUUCUACGGGGCUGAGCCCGGGGCCCAGAAUGCCUCGGGGAACACGGCCCUGCACAUCUGCGCCCUCUACAACAAGGAAACCUGUGCCAGGAUCCUCCUCUAUCGAGGAGCCAACAAGGACGUGAAGAAUAACAAUGGACAGACCCCCUUCCAGGUGGCGGUGAUCGCUGGGAAUUUUGAGCUGGGGGAGAUGAUCCGAAAUCACCGGGAGCAGGACGUGGUGCCCUUCCAGGAGUCUCCCAAGUAUGCGGCCCGGCCUCGGGGGCCCCAGGGCGCGGGGCUGACGGUGCCCCCCGCGCUGCUGCGUGCCAACAGUGACACGAGCAUGGCCCUGCCCGACUGGAUGGUGUUCUCGGCCCCAGGGGCCACGUCCUCCGGGACCCCCGGCCCACCCUCGGGGGCCCCGGGCCCAUCACAGCCCUCGGCCCCCAGCACCAAGCUCAGCAGCGGGACCCUCCGGAGUGCCAGCAGCCCCCGGGGAGCCCGGGCCCGCUCCCCGUCCCGCGGGAGGCACCCCGAGGAGGCUAAGAGGCAGCCCCGUGGACGGCCCAGCUCCAGCGGCACUCCCCGGGAAGGGCCGGCCAGCGGCCCUGGGGGCUCCCUGGGCAGCCGCGGGCGGCGGCGAAAGCUCUACUCUGCCGUGCCCGGUCGCUCCUUCUUGGCCGUGAAGUCGUACCAGGCCCAGGGCGAGGGCGAGAUCUCGCUGAGCAAAGGAGAGAAGAUCAAAGUGCUUAGCAUCGGGGAAGGAGGCUUCUGGGAAGGCCAGGUCAAGGGUCGCGUCGGCUGGUUCCCGUCUGACUGCCUGGAGGAGGUGGCGAACCGCUCCCAGGACGGCAAGCAAGAAAGCCGCAGCGACAAGGCGAAGAGACUCUUCCGGCAUUACACAGUGGGCUCCUACGACAGCUUCGAUGCCCCCAGCUUGAUGGAUGGGAUUGGCCCAGGGAGCGAUUACAUCAUCAAGGAGAAGACCGUCCUGCUGCAGAAGAAGGACAGUGAGGGGUUUGGGUUCGUGCUCCGGGGGGCCAAGGCGCAGACCCCCAUCGAAGAGUUCACCCCCACCCCGGCCUUCCCGGCGCUGCAGUACCUCGAGUCGGUGGAUGAGGGUGGCGUGGCAUGGCGCGCCGGGCUGCGCAUGGGUGACUUCCUCAUCGAGGUGAACGGGCAGAACGUGGUGAAGGUCGGCCACCGCCAGGUGGUCAACAUGAUCCGCCAAGGGGGCAACACGCUGAUGGUGAAGGUGGUGAUGGUCACCCGGCACCCCGACAUGGACGAGGCUGCCCACAAGAAAGCCCCCCAGCAGGCCAAGCGGCUCCCGCCCCCCACCAUCUCCCUGCGCUCCAAGUCCAUGACCUCAGAACUGGAGGAGAUGGUCUCCCCCUGGAGGAAGAAGAGCGAGUACGAGCCGCAGCCGGCGCCGGUGCCCAGCAUGGAGAAAAAGCGCACCGUGUAUCAGAUGGCUCUGAACAAACUGGAUGAAAUCUUGGCAGCAGCUCAACAAACCAUCAGUGCGAGCGAGAGCCCUGCGCCCGGUGGCCUCGCGUCCCUGGGCAAACACCGCCCCAAGGGCUUCUUUGCCACUGAGUCGAGCUUUGACCCCCACCACCGCUCCCAGCCAAGUUACGAACGUCCGUCUUACCUGCCGCCAGGACCUGGGCUUAUGCUCCGGCAAAAGUCUAUCGGGGCUGCGGACGAUGACAGACCCUACCUGGCACCCCCGGCCAUGAAGUUCAGCCGCAGUCUGUCCGUGCCUGGCUCCGAGGACAUCCCCCCGCCGCCCACCACGUCCCCACCGGAGCCCCCCUACAGCACACCCCCGGCCCCCUCCUCCUCCGGCCGCCUCACCCCCUCCCCCCGAGGAGGCCUCUUCAACCCCGGCUCGGGUGGCCCCCUCCCAUCCUCCUUGCCCGCGUCCUUCGACGGCCCCUCGCUUCCCGACACGCGAGUCGGGGGCCGGGAGAAAAGCCUGUACCACAGCGGACCCCUGCCCCCCGCUCACCACCACCCGCCGCACCACCACCACCACCACGCGCCGACGCCCCAGCCGCACCACCACCACGCCCACCCCCCUCACCCCCCGGAGAUGGAGACCGGAGGCUCCCCCGACGACCCCCCACCCCGCCUGGCUCUGGGGCCGCAGCCCAGCCUGCGCGGCUGGCGGGGCGGCGGGCCCAGCCCGACCCCGGGGGCCCCGUCCCCGUCCCACCACGGCGGCGCGGGCGCGGGCGGCUCGACGCAGGGCCCAGCUCUGCGCUACUUCCAGCUGCCCCCGCGGGCCGCCAGCGCCGCCAUGUACGUGCCAGCGCGCUCGGGCCGCGGCCGCAAGGGCCCCCUGGUCAAGCAGACCAAGGUGGAAGGCGAGCCCCACAAGGGCGGCGGCGGCCUCCCGCCCGCGCCCUCGCCCGCGUCCGCGGCCUCCCCGCAGCCGCCUCCCGCCGCGGCCGCCGCGCCCGAGAAGAACUCCAUCCCCAUCCCGACCAUCAUCAUCAAGGCGCCGUCCACCAGCAGCAGCGGCCGCAGCAGCCAGGGCAGCAGCACCGAGGCCGAGCCCCCCGCCCAGGCCGAGAGCGCGGCAGGUGGCGGGGCCCCGUCGCCCAGCCCCGCGCCGGCCGUGUCGCCCGUGCCGCCGGCGCCCUCGCCCGUGCCCGCCCCUGCCUCGCCCAGCGGCCCCGCCACCCUCGACUUCACCAGCCAGUUCGGGGCAGCCCUGGUGGGGGCGGCUCGCAGAGAGGGGGGUUGGCAGAACGAAGCCCGCCGCAGGUCCACGCUCUUCCUGUCCACGGACGCGGGGGACGAGGACGGCGGCGACGGCGGGCUGGGCGCGGGGGCGCCCCCGGGGCCGCGGCUGCGCCACUCCAAGUCCAUCGACGAGGGCAUGUUCGCGGCCGAGCCCUACCUGCGGCUAGAGGCCGGCGGCGCGGGGAGCUACGCGGGCUUCGCGGCGGGCGGCCGCGCCUACGCGGGCAGCGGGGGCAGCAGCAGCGCCUUCACCAGCUUCCUGCCGCCGCGGCCCCUGGUCCACCCGCUGACCGGCAAGGCCCUGGACCCGGCCUCCCCGCUCGGGCUGGCCCUGGCCGCCCGCGAACGGGCGCUCAAGGAGUCCUCGGAGGGCGGCGGGAUCCCCCAGCCCCCUCCCAGGCCGCCGUCGCCCCGCUACGAGGCCCCGCCGCCCACCCCACACCACCACUCGCCGCACGCCCACCACGAGCCCGUGCUGCGCCUGUGGGGGGCCGCGCCCCCGGACCCCGCCCGCCGGGAGCUGGGCUAUCGGGCCGGGCUGGGCAGCCAGGAGAAGGCGCUCCCGGCCAGCCCGCCCGCCGCCCGGCGCUCGCUGCUGCACCGCCUGCCCCCCACGGCCCCCGGCGUCGCCCCCCUCCUGCUGCAGCUGGGGCCCGAGCCCCCGGCCCCCCACCCCGGGCUGAGCAAGGCCUGGAGGUCGGGCGCGGCCGAGGAGCCCGAGCGGCUGCCCCUCCACGUGCGGUUCCUGGAGAACUGCCAGCCGCGGGCCGGCGGGCCGGGCGGGGGGCGCGCGCCGGCGGAGGACGGACCGGGGGUCCCGCCCUCCAGCCCCCGCCGCUCCGUGCCCUCCUCGCCCACCUCCCCGCGGGGCAGUGAAGAGAACGGGCUGCCCCUGCUGGUCCUGCCGCCCCCCGCGCCCUCGGUGGACGUGGAAGACGGCGAGUUUCUCUUCGUGGAGCCGCUGCCCCCGCCCCUCGAGUUCUCCAACAGCUUCGAGAAGCCCGAGUCGCCCCUCACGCCUGGGCCGCCCCACCCGCUGCCGGACCUGCCCGCCCCCGCCACGCCCCUGCCCGCCGGUCCGCCCCCGGCUGCCGCCGCCCCGCCCACCCUGGACUCCACCGCGUCCAGCCUGACGUCCUACGACAGCGAGGUGGCCACGCUGACCCAGGGGACCCCCGCGGCUCCGGGGGAAGCCCCUCUGCCCGGCCCGCCAGCCCCCGCCGCCCCAGCUCCCGCCGCCCCGCAGCCCGGCCCGGACGCCCCGCCCGGCACGGAUUCGGGCAUCGAGGAGGUGGACAGUCGCAGCAGCAGCGACCACCCGCUGGAGACCAUCAGCAGCGCCUCCACGCUGAGCAGCCUGUCCGCCGAGGGAGGGGGCGGGCCCGGGGGGCCCAGCGGCCCGGAGCUUCUGGACACCUAUGUGGCCUACCUGGACGGCCAGGCCUUCGGGGGUGGCGGAGCCCCGGGCCCGCCGUACCCCCCGCAGCUCAUGACCCCCUCGAAGCUCCGGGGCCGGGCCCUGGGGGGCAGCGGAGGCCUGCGGCCCGGCCCCAGCGGGGGACUCCGUGACCCGGUCACCCCCACCAGUCCCACCGUGUCGGUGACGGGGGCAGGAACAGAUGGGCUGCUGGCCCUGGGUGGCUGCACCGGGCCCUCGACGGUGGGCGUGGCCGGGGGGCCCGUGGUGGCUGUGGAGCCAGAGGGUCCCCCACUGCCCUUGCCGGCCGCCUCCUCCCUGCCUCGGAAGCUGCUGCCCUGGGAGGAAGGCCCGGGCCCACCACCACCACCCUUGCCUGGGCCCCUGGCCCCACCUCAGGCCUCAGCCUUGGCGACAGUGAAAGCCAGCAUCAUCAGCGAACUCAGCUCCAAGCUCCAGCAGUUUGGGGGCUCCUCGGCGGCCGGCGGUGCUCUGCCCUGGGCCCGGGGAGGCAGCGGGGGAAGCGGGGACAGCCACCACCACGGGGGAGCCACCUACGUCCCCGAGAGGACCUCCUCCCUGCAGCGGCAGAGACUCUCAGACGACUCCCAGUCCUCGCUCCUCUCCAAACCCGUCAGCAGCCUGUUUCAGAACUGGCCCAAACCACCUCUGCCGCCACUCCCCACAGGGGCUGGGGUCCCCCCUUCAGCCGCUGUGGCCCCGGGGGCCACCUCCCCCUCGGCUUCCUCCUCCUCCACGUCCACCCGCCACCUCCAGGGUGUGGAGUUCGAGAUGCGGCCCCCUCUGCUCCGCCGGGCCCCCAGCCCCUCGCUGCUGCCCGCCUCGGAGCACAAGGUCAGCCCUGCGCCCCGGCCGUCGUCCCUGCCCAUCCUGCCUUCUGGACCCCUCUAUCCAGGCCUCUUUGACAUCCGCGGUUCCCCCACUGGAGGGGCAGGGGGCUCGGCCGACCCCUUCGCCCCCGUCUUCGUGCCGCCCCACCCGGGGAUGUCAGGGGGCCUUGGAGGAGCCUUGUCGGGGGCCUCCCGCUCCCUCUCACCCACCCGCCUGCUUUCGCUGCCCCCGGACAAGCCGUUUGGCGCUAAGCCCCUGGGGUUCUGGACCAAGUUCGACGUGGCUGACUGGCUCGAGUGGCUGGGCCUGGCCGAGCACCGGGCCCAGUUCCUGGACCACGAGAUCGACGGCUCCCACCUGCCCGCCCUGACCAAGGAGGAUUACGUCGAUCUAGGGGUGACCAGAGUGGGUCACCGGAUGAACAUCGACCGGGCACUCAAAUUCUUCCUGGAGAGGUGAUGGCUGGACUGGACGGACCAGCCCGUCCACAGAACCCUGGGGGCUGCUGGCCUCUGACCUCUGACCCCUGACCGUCAUUCUCUCCCUGGGCCAGGGACUCUGCUGAGACUGUGCCCUGCCCUGGUCCCCCAAGGCCGGAGGUCACCAUGUGGCCCAUCCCUGGCCGGACAUUUGCACCUCACAGGAGGGGGCAGCUGACACAGACUGUUGUGUGAAGCGGGGAGCGGAGAGGGGAUGGAAGGCCUUAUGGACAGGGGGGACUGAGAAGGAGGGAAGGGUUGACUGGGGGGGGGACAGACAGAGCCAUAGAGGGUCAGCUCCGAGCCUGACCGGAUGGGGGCUGUCCCCCAAGCCGCAGGGAAAGGGGGUACCCUCAGAUUCCACCACCUGCCGCCCCUCGAAGAACCCUUCCCACCCUCUCCAGGCUCCUCAGCUCUCCUGUCCUUGCUUCCCCUCUCCCCAGCGCACACAGCUACCCCCCAGCUUCUUGCACGCUCCUUUGCACGCCUGCUAUCUCCCUGCCCCUCCCCUGUCCAGGCUGCAAUUUUGCACAAACUUGCCCUCUCGCUCUCUUGCACACUCCCACUUCACCUCCGGCUCUCGAGGACCUCGAGGCUCUCACACACACAUUCUGCCUCGCACACGUUACAUUUCUUUUCACACGCCCUCUGACUCUUGCUUACAUACUUCUCCUUUGGGCCCCUCCUUUGCACACUUCACUUCUCGACAUUCCUAGACCCCGGCUGCAGGCACACAUGGAACACACUUUCCUCCCUCCCUCACAGACUCCACAUACACGUAUUGGUUCUCUGAAAUACCCUUCUCUUUGAGCCUUGCACACUCACUAUCUUGUGCACUGCUCCUGACACACUCAAUCUUUAUAUGCUCAUUUCCUCCUUCCUCUUCUGGAAACCCCAAAUUCUUUCUCUUUGCCCCAUCUCUCCCUCUCACAGUCACACUUCUAUGCCUCUCCUCCCCCUUGCCCUUUUGCACUGUCACUUUUUAUCACACCUCUUGCACACCUGCCUCCCAGAAACUGCGUCUCGAACGCUGAUUUCUUCCCUCUUUGGCACACUCUCACUUUUAUCCAUCUCCAUUCUUUACUCUUAACGAACCCUCUUGCACACCCACUGUCACACAUACAUCCUGCCCAGCACUCUUACUGCUUCCUCGAGGCCUUUUUUCUUUCCCUUACCAAUGUGCUUGCACGCCUUGGCUGCUGCACACCCGCUCUUGUCUUUCUACUUUUUCUUGUCAGUUCCCAGAAGACUUUCUCCAUCUCCUUGGGAAAAUUCCCUGCUCUUGACCACCUGUCCUUUUGCACACUUGUCUUAUCUCCCACACUCUUGGGCAGCUCUUUUCCUGGCACAGCACCCCCCCGCCCCUUUUUUUUCAAGGAUCAGCUCUUGCAACCAUUCUCACUCUAUUCUCUUCCGUUCUUCCACUCUUUUUCUCUUCCUGGUGAGAGAAGACCCUAUGCACACUCACUUCCUAUUUCCACACUUGCUCCUCUCCAGCCUCAAGCCCUCUGUCACAUCUUCCCUCCUCUCCCUCUUCACCCUCCUUCCUGAGCCAUCAGUCUCUUCAUUUGGCACGAAGAUCCCUCCACCUUCUAAACCUUUUCUCUCUCCAAGAAACCCUUUCCCUCUAGCUCGGCUCCCCCCUCUCUCACACGCUUCCUGUCCCCUUAUCCCUGGGGCCACCCCUCCCCCUGGGAAACUCCCUCCCCUGCUGUGGGUAAAGGGGGGAGGGCACUGCCCUCAGGUCCCCCCAUGUGCAGCUGCCAAAGAUGGGAGCUCCCCCUCCUUCCCCCCAAGCCCAUUCUCCUUCCGCCGCCCCCUACCCCCAAGGGGGUGGGCGCUCCGUCCAUGGGGAGGAGGGGCUUGCAGUCUCCUCCCCUCACCACGUCAGGGAUCUGCGGGGUACUUUGUGGGAGGGUCGUGGGAGGGGGGAGGGGGUCGCGCUGGGCCCCUACCUGCCCCCUCCCCUGUGUCGGAUGCCCCCCUUCCGCAGGGGGCCUGCGCGGCGCCCGUCUAUCAAGGGCUUGUUCAUUCUGGAUGGGUGCCGCGGGGUGGGG